AUGGGCGCUCGCCAGACUUAUCUCGAGCUAAAGGAAAAAGCGAAUGCCUUCCAUGUCUCGGUCAUCAUGCCCAAUCUAGGAAUUAGUCUUCUUCUAUUGUCGCAGUUUCUCAACUCCAUCAUGGUUUUGACCUGUAAGCUUUUGGAAGGCGACCGAGACUUGGCAAAGCCCAUCCACCCGGUCCAGAUCUUGUUUGUCCGCAUGUUCAUCACUUAUACUCUUUGCGUCUUGUACAUGGUGGUGACGGGAAAAGUUGCAGAUGCACCUUUAGGUCCCAAAUCACAGAGACCUCUUUUGGUGUUGCGAGGCAUCUUUGGCUUUUUCGGUGUUUUCGGCUUGUACUACUCGUUACAGUAUCUCAGUCUCUCCGAUGCGGUCUCCAUCACAUUUCUUAUUCCUAUGGUAACGACUUUCUUUGCCUGGAUCGUCUUGGGCGAAAAAUACUCUCUUCUUGAAGGCGUGUGCGGACUCUUAUCUUUGGUCGGAGUGGUAAUUAUCGCCAAACCCGAUUUCCUCUUUGGCAGCAGCUCCGAGACACAAGGAAACGACGCUGCAGAAUCGUCUUCCAGCAGGCUCCGUUUGAUUGCCACCACUUUGGGGCUUAUUGGUGUGUGUGGCGCCUCGAGCGUAUACGUUUUGCUCCGUAAAAUCGGAAAGCUGGCUCAUCCGCUCAUUUCGGUGAGCUACUUUGCCAUGAUCACCUGCUUGAUCACCUUCGGCGCCACAAUUGUGGUUCCAGGCCUCUCUUUCCAAAUGCCACGGACUUUCUACCAGUGGUUUUUGUUUCUCUUGAUUGGGCUUUCUGGUUUCUUCAUGCAAUUCUGCUUGGCAGCGGGUCUCCAGCGGGAAAAAGCCGGCAAGUCUUCUCUUGUCACCUACUGCAAUAUGGUGUUUGCUCUUUUCUGGGACCUCGUUAUAUGGCACCAUGUGCCGGGCUUGCUUAGCGUCUUGGGAUCUGGCCUUAUCAUCAUGAACGCGUUCAUUGUUUUCAAGUUCAAGCCCACUGUCGAGGACGAUGUUCCAGACAUCGAAAAAGAUCAGGGCAAGUACCUGGUCCCAGGAGACAUUGCCUUGCAAGACUUUAUCUUGAGCGACGACGAGCUCGAAACCGAUGAUAGACAAUAA